CAUAUGGCAAAUCAAACUGUAAUAACAGAAUUUAUACUCUUGGGGUUCUCCAAUAAUCCAUGCAUACAGGUUUUUCUAUUUUUUUUAUUUCUAUUAAUGUAUGCAAUUACAUUGCUAGGAAACAUUGUGAUCAUGCUUGUGAUUAAGACUGAAUCCAGCCUUGGCACCCCCAUGUUCUAUUUUCUCAGUCAUUUAGCUUUUGUUGACAUUUGUUAUUCAUCUGUCACUCUCCCAAAGCUACUUAGAAAUCUCAUCACAAAAGAGAAGACUAUUUCCUGGGAAGGGUGUAUUGCACAGAUAUUCUUCUUUUUCCAGGCUGCUUGUGCUGAAGUAUUCAUCCUCUCUGCCAUGGCUUAUGAUCGAUAUGUUGCUGUAUGUAACCCACUGCAUUAUACCACAACCAUGAAAAAAGAAAUAUGUAGACAACUAGUAGGUGGUGCCUGGACAAUGGGUUUUUUGUAUGGCGUAACGAAUGCCCUUCCCUUGACCAGUUUGCAUUUUUGCAUGGACAAUAAAAUUAACCACUACAGCUGUGACAUCCCUUCACUUCUGGUGCUGUCUUGUGAUGAGACUAUCACUAAUUAUAUCAUACUCCUUUCCUCCAGUUUUCUCUUUGGUCUAACAUCAUUCUUUUUCACCUUGGUCUCCUACAUUUACAUCAUCGCCACCAUCAUGAAGAUUCGUUCAGCAGAAGGAAGAAGCAAAGCUUUCUCCACAUGCAGUUCUCACCUGAUUGUUGUGGUUUUAUUCUAUGGAACUGGUUAUUUCCGCUAUUUAAGACCUAAUUCUUCCACUUCAUCAUUUAUUGAUCAACUCUUCUCCAUCCAAUAUAGCAUCUCCACGCCCAUGCUGAACCCUAUUAUCUAUAGUCUGAAGACCAAGGAGGUGAAGGAAGCUAUUAAGAAACUAGUGAGACAAAGAUUGCUUACUCAUGUUAAAUGA